AUGGAGGGUCUACAUCCUCGAACCGCCGUUCUCCUGCUGCUGUUUGCUCUUCUCGCGGCGGCGGAGUUCCACGAGGCCCAUGCAAACCCUGAGACUCCCACCUCGCGGUGGCUAGAGAAGGUGACGAAGAGGAAGACCGGCAGGCAUUCCGGGUGCUCCGCCCGCCCCUGGGUCUGCCACCGGGGGGCCUUCCCGCAGCCCUUUGCCAAGAAGACAACCUGCUGCAGGAACCGCUGCGUGGACGUAAGCAGCGACGAGAACAACUGCGGGCUGUGCGGGGUGCGGUGCCCCUUCUCCUGGCGCUGCUGCAACGGCAAGUGCGUCGACCCGAAGAGCAACCCCCUCCACUGCGGCGGCUGCAACAACCGGUGCGCCGCCGGGUCCAGAUGCAGCCACGGGAUGUGUGGCUACGCGCACCACCAUCACCCUCUUCCCCACAGCGCCACGGCUCCCCGGCGCAGGCACUCUCGGCACCACCAGCAUCGCCGGCACCGGCACUCUCGUCCGUAG